AUGGAUCACACAGCCGUGCAGCACCUCCCCGCCGAGAUCUGGCUCAUGAUUAUCGAGCACCUCCCGGCAUCCUUCUUCCAAAAAGACCUUCGCCGCCUAACCCUCUCCAAGCGCUGGUACAGCCUCGCCUUCCCCAUCUUCUACCCGCGCAUCGAGUUCACCCCGCGCAUCAUCAGCCGCCUGGUCCACCUCAGGUCCAAGUCUCUAGACAAGGCGCGCGACCAGUUGCGCAAGACGCUGCGCUUCGUCACCAUUGUGCUCGACGGCCUCGCACCCCCUGCCACAACAACAACAACAACAACCGCCAACAUGCUGUGCUUCAACACGCCUGCCAACCUAGCCCGCUUCAGCCUCAUGCUGCUCGACUUCCGCGAGCUGCGGGAAGUGCGCUUCGCAGCGCGCUGGCCGAACCGCGACUGGCUCGCCGACCCACUGCCGGGUAACUACCUGACCCUGCGCAGCCUGGAGCCCUAUCUCAGCGGCGUGCUGACGCACGUCACGGCCAUGGAUUUGGACCUGUGCGGCACCGACGUGACCGACGACGACGACAACGACGACGACGGGGCCGUGGCGGUGCAUCAUUUCUGUGAAUAUGUUCGGCCCCUGCUGUCGCGGUUGACGAGCCUGCGGUUGAGGCUGCGGAGUAUCUGUGCCCUGGCGCUGCGGCCGGUGCCGGAUGGGGAGGGACCGGUUACGCUGCGGGAGUUAAGAUUGAGUCUGUACUUGGGCAAGGUGUCGAGGAGUAACCCCAAGCUGAACAUGAGUCGGAAAUGUUCUUGUGGGGAUUGGCAGGAGUGGAAAGAUCCGCUGGAUGAGGUGCGAAGGGAGAUGAGGCGGCUGGUGAAGGACAUAGCGGAGCCCAGGCGAGCGGAGAUGGUACAUCUGGUCUGCCCGGGAGAGGUGCAUGUCUGGGAUGCCUUGACCGGCCUUUGCGUCAGGAAGGGGUCCGAGAAAUCGUGGAGGUUUCCUUCUCACUUUGAGACGUAUUUCAAGACGACUUGCGUCCUUAAACUCGAGGAUUGCUGGGAACGGGAUAAUGAGUCGGGCGUUGGCGGCAUGUGGCCCCUCUCUUGUUCGGGGGAGACGUUCGAAGGGGUUUGUUCCGAUGAGCUGGACGAGCCAGACGAGCCAAUGGGAGGGGGUUGA